GCCGCAUGGCCGCCGCUGACCCAACUGGGCUGGAGUUCGCGGUCCGAAGGCGUGAGGAGGCCCGCGUCUCCCCUCCCCUCCCCUCCCUUGGGCGGUUGUUACCGUGAGCAAAGCAGCCGGCUGAACCGAGGCACCUGUUUUCUGCCCGCACCCGGCCGUGUACCGACAUGGAGUAGGUGGCCGGAGUCACCUCCUUCCCCCCUUCUACUCUUUUCCCUCACUCACCCGCCCGCUCUUUCCCCUUUACCCCUCUCGGAACCAACAGGGCCAGCGGCCGGACUCCCCAUUGUUCGCAACGGUGGAAGGUACCGACACUCGCCCAGAAAGACGCUGCAUGGACGCUUAAAAUAAGAGAAACAACUGCCUUUCUCCCUUUCCCCUUCAUCUCUAAAACAAAAUGGAUAACAAAUCGUUUGCUAUAGUCCUGGAUGAAAUAAGGAAGGGUGUUUUGACUGAUCAGAAAAUAAAAGCAAUUGAGUAUGUACAUGGAUAUUUUUCAAGUGAGCAGGUAGUUGAACUACUGAAAUAUUUUUCUUGGGCAGAGCCACAACUAAAGGCUCUUAAAGCUUUACAGCAUAAAAUGGUAGCCAUCCAUGUAUCUAAAGUAAUAAAUAUCCUCCAUUGUCUCACUUUCACUAAAGACAAACUUGUUGCCUUGGAACUUAUAGCUUUGAAUAUCAUCGAUCCUCAUAAUUAUCGACCUAUUGAAGAUAUUUUCCGGGUGCACUUGCCAGAAAAGAAACGCUGCAAAAAAAUUCUUGAUCAGGCUUCUAAAGCUGGCUGUAAGGCUCCUCUUGCCAUGAGAUCCUCAUGUGGAAUGAUUCCAGGAAAUCCCUACCCUAAAGGAAAACCUAGUAUGUUAAAUGGUUUGCUGGCAGCUCUUGCUGUUAAGAAAGAAAAUGAAGAAGGUUAUAUUACUAGUCGAGGAAUAGCAACCUGUAUUCUAGGACCUUCUAAACCUGCUCCAGCAACAUAUAAUCCUCACAAGCCUGUUCCUUACCCUAUACCUCCUUGCCAACCGCAUGCAACUGUUGCACCAAGUGCAUAUAACACUGCUGGCCUUGUUCCAAUGGGUGGUUUCAUGACUCCUGUUGUGGCAGCACCAGCUGCAUAUGCUGCACAGCAAGCUUUUUCUAGGUCAGCGGGCCAACUGAGUUACAACUCAACUGCUGCCAACUUGCAUACAGCUGCAUUUUCACCACAUGGGUCUUAUCCAUCAGCUCCUGCAACACCAAUUGCAGCACCAGCACUUGUACAGUCUCCUGCAAAUCAGCUAGGGUUUGCUUCAGCGCCAGGUACACCCGUCUUUUCAAGGCUUGGCACGUCUACCCCAGUACCUGCUGUUUUUGCAGCUGCCCCUCCAGUAACCAGCACUUCUGUUCCAUCUUCUUAUCCUGAGUGUCAGAAUCCAACAACUGUGAUGUCAGCAGUCCCACAGACAUCCCAGGCUCUCAAUGAAAUAACAGCAGCAAAUGCAGACACACCCAUUCAUAGCUCAGCUGCUGCAGGGCUAACAUCAAGCUAUAGCAACACAAACUGCAGCUCUGGAAUGAUGCUACAAACUGGUUUAUCCUCAGGUUUUCAGGCAGGUGAUGGUUCUAGCAGCUCUCCAUGCAUGAGCAACUCUUUCCCAGGUCUCGUAUCCUUCCCAGGAAUGUCUAUGUUUUUUCAGAACCAGACUUUAUCUGCUGCUACAUUGUCUGCCCUCCAAGCUGGAAUGAGUGUUGCAAAUCUGCCUGGACUUCAGUCUAUUGCAGCUGCAGCAACCUUGGCGGGAAUGCAUUCGUCUGGGACGGGUACAUCUCUCUCUGCACUCCAAAAUAAUAUGAUGGUAGCAACAGUGCCUGGCCACCAGUCUGUUACUCCGGUUGCUGGACUCCAGUCUAUUGCUGAUGUUGUCUCUCCUCGCGGACUCCAAACAACAGCAUCCCUAGGUGGACUACAGCCGAAUGGAAGUUCAGCGUCUCUUCCUGGAUUACAGCCUGCAGUAUCUCUGGCUGGAUUGGGAUCUGCUGCAGCCUCUCCAAUUGGAUUGCAAUCUAGUUCUGGAUCUCCAGCUGGACUACGAUCUACUACAGCUUCUCCAGCUGCACUGCAAGCUGCUGCCUCUCUUGCUGGACUGCAUGCUGUUGCUGCUUCUCUAGCUGGAUUGCAGUCACCCGCUGUCUCCCAGUCUCUCCCUGCAUCCAUUUCAGAAUUCCAGACUAUUGCUGGUUCACCCUCUGGCCUCCAGCCUCCAAUUUCUUCUCUUCCAGGACUGCAUCCUGCCAGUUUUCCUAGAUUGCAGUCCUCUACAUCUUUCUCUGGACUUGAGUCUAUUGUUGUAGCUGCCUCUUUGGCUGGAUUGCAAACUACAACCAGUACUGUAUCUCUUCCCAGCCUUCAGACAGCUGUACCAGUCUCAUCUCUACCUGGGCUUGAGUCUGCCAUGGCUGCUGCUUCUUCCCUACCUGUUCUUCAGUCUGCUUUGGGUGCUGCUACGUUACCUGGACUUCAGUCUUUGGGUGCUGGGUCUCUACCAGGAAUACAGUCUGUGGUGGGUAGUCCUGCACGUUCUGCUAUCCAAACCUCUAUAAGUGCUACCUCAUUUUCUGAUCUCCAGUCUACUGUGAGCACCACUUCUCUGCCUAGUGUACAGUCUGGAGCAAAUACAGUGUCGACAAUGGAUCUGCAAUCUACUGUAGAUACUACAUCUUUACCAGGAUUUCAGACUACCAUGGGUACUGCAUCUCUCCCUGGAUUGCAAUCUGCUGCACAGUCAGGUUUACUUCAGGCACAUUCAACUGGAUCUGUGGAGAACUUCCCAAAUCAGGGCAGCAAUGGUUUUACAUGUUAUUCUUCCACACCUACAACUCUGUAUUCCCUACAACCUGGUCUACCUUCUCAACUAGGGUGGCAGUAAAUAGUGGACUUGUUUUGAGCAUCCUCUUGGCUUGAGAUUUGAAUCUGUUGAACUUAUCCAGCUUUUUUAACUAGGCAUGCAGUAAAUUUAGCAGUGCUUGCAGCUGAAACUUGCUAUUUUUUAAAGAAAAAAUCAGAAAGUUAAAAGAAAAAGGUAGGAGAUAAAGAUACACAAGAGUUCUACACAUGCUGGAAGUUUUACAGAUGUAUGUAGGAGAGCUUCCACAUUCCCUUGUGGAGGAACAAAUUUAAUUCUGAAACUAUAAGCCCAUUGUAACUUUUUUUAAAACCAAAUAUCAUGGAAGUGGAUCAGAUCAUGUUUAACUUUCUGUGUAUCAAGUAAAUUAAUCAAGUGUCCAGUUAUCAUUCUGGUAAAUCCAGGUUAUGGUAUCAGCAAGGCCAAUAUGUCCCUUCAGAAGUGUGAUUCUCUUGUGUGAGAAUAUUUGGAGUCUAAUAUAAUUCUAUUAUAUAAUUUUAACUCCACUGUAUUUUAAUCAUCUGAAUAUUUGCUGUUGAGAAAUAGCUCAAUAUAGUGGUGUCUCAUUUACAUAUAUCCAGAGGAUUCGAGUACAAGAUCUCAUUUUAAAAGUCAAUUGUAUGAAAGAUAAAAAAUGCAUUGUACUAUAGUAGCAUCUUAAAGAUCAAAGAUCAGCUUUAUUUGUCAUAUGUAUAUCAAAACAAUACUAACAUGCAGGAAAAUGUGUGGUUUGCGUCAAUGAUCAAAACGACCAAGGAUGUGCUGGGGACAGUCCUCAGUGUCAUCGUGCAUCCAGCGCCAAUGUUGCCUACCCACAACUUACUAACCCUAACCCAUACACAUUUGGAAAGUGGGAGAAAACUAUAGCACCUAGAGGAAACCCCCACGAUCAUGGCAAGAAGGGGAUGAAUUGAUCCUGGGUUGCUGAUGCUGUAAAGCAUUAAGUUAACUGCUGCGCUACUAUGCUGCCACUAUUUCCAAAAUCCAAGAUGCAUUUGUAAGCAAGACUUAGGAUAUACUAUUUGACAUGUUUUGUCUGGAAAUAUAUCUAUGGAGCAAGUGCUACCUUUUACCAAAAUAUAGUUUCUGAUGUUCUAUUCAUAUGAUUGCCUAGUUCCACAUUCAGCUUGCAAGUAUGAUUUAAACAACUUUUGCUUUCACCAAUAUAAAGGCAUAAUUUGAAACCAUUGUAGAAAUUUAUAUGAGAUAGUAGUUAUUCUGUCCAAGACAAGAUUCAGAUAAAUGUAAUUGUGGGCACUUUUGGCAGAAUUGUCUGGUUGUCCUAACAUCUCCAGCAUUUUUUAUUUUCAUAUCAGAUAGGUUACUGGACUGGUAGCUAGCAUUUUGGAGCCACCAUGGCUGUGUGGGAAUUUUAAAUUGAAUAACUAAAUAUUGAAUUUAAAAAAUAUAAUCUCAAUAAUGGAAAUACAAAACUUUAAAUGGUCCUUAAAAUUCCACACAAAUUCUUUGUCCUUAAAAUUCCACACAAUUCUUUGUCCUUGUCUGGUCUAUCCUGUAUGUGACUCCAGGCAUAUCAAUGUGCUCAACUCUUAACUACCUUCUCAAUACAGGAGCAAUUCAGGACUGUUUCACCAGGAUCAAAAUUGCUGAGAAUAAAAUGAUGUUCCCCUUUAAAUCCCAUAUACAGAGUGAGAGGAAAAUCAUAAUGAAAAAAUCAAAAUCAAAUUAAAGAUUAAUAGAUUUUUUUGUUCCAUGUAUAUUGAAACAUACAGUGGAAUGUGUCAUUUGCGACAAAUCAAAUCGGCAGCAAUUGUGCUGAAUUGCCAAACUUCAAGUGUCGACAUAGUAAGCCCUAACUUAAACACCUUUGAAAUGUGGGAGCAAUCCAGAUUGCCUGGAGGAAACCCACUCUGUUUACAGUGAGGACGUACAAACACAGCAGCAGGAUUGGAAUCCGGAUCUUUCAGCUGAUGCUGUAAUAGCGGUAUGCUGACCACUACGCUACCGUGCUGCUCCUGUAAAUUUGCUGAAGUCUCUUAUGAAACUCAUGAUCUUUUUAAGCAAAAGUGUUGCCAUAAUCCAGUACAACCUCAAAGCCAUGAAUAUUUUAGAUUGAAGAGAUGAGCUUAAUUUUCUUUUCGAAUACUGUGAAGACACCGUUCUCACCAUCUGGUGUCAGGGACCACUGAAUACUUGUUGAUUUGGAAUUGUGAUUGUUGAAAGUGAUGCCAUGCUGCUGUGUGAAAUCAAGUCUACUUUAUUGUGGUGGUCCACAAAAAAAGGUUCCUAAGUGUAGACACAGUAUUCGAUUUGAUAAGGAACCAGGAGUUUUUGUUUAUUCCUGUAAGUGGUUAGACUCUGGAUCUUGCUACUAAUUAAGAUAUGGCAGAAAUCAUACAUUUAAGCAGAGCUAGAUAUAAAUUAGAUGAAAUAUGAGCAAUAAUUUUAGAUUUUGUAAGGAAAUAGAAUUACUACUAGAAAUUUGAUUAAUAUUGAUUCAUUUUAAUAUUUUUAAAUGACUAUAAAUAUACUGUACAUGCUAAUGAAAUAUCUACUGUGACUUCUUUGUAUAGUCUAUAAAAGAAAACAUUUUUUAGGUGCUACUAAUAAUUCUACGGUGAGUGUUGAUUGCUAUAAUAUUUUGAGGCCAUUCUAUUAAGAAAAUAAUAAAUUGCUGGCAUAUUAUUCAGAGUUCAUACACCUCAUGUUUUUUUCAGAAGGUUCAUGCUAAGAUGAACCUUGGUUCAGCUACUGAUUAUACAUUCCCUGUGUGUAUUUGUUUUAUAGAAACUAUUGUACAAAUUGAACAUUUUUUUAAAUAUUUGUGUGCUCCAAUUAAGAGUAUUCAACUGCAGUACAUUUGAUAUUUUAGAUGCUCUAUAGUGGUGAUGUAGUAUUCUGUGUAAGCAGUUAAAAUGUAUUCUCAUAACUAGGUUAUAUUUAAUUUAACAAUCAUGGAUUUUGACAAUUGUUGGUAUAAUAGGGUAUCAAUUUUAAAAAGAUUUUUAAACCUAAAGCUGCAAAGCUUUUAAAAAGUUGCACCCUUAAUAUAGUUUUUAAAUUGGUGCAGACGGUGCUCGUGCAUGAGAAUGCUAUAACAGGCACUUUCAGAAAGUUACUCUUUUAUACAUGUACGAUGGUGUGUAUCAAGGUAAACGUAAUUGAUUUGGGUAUAUUUUACAUACUUGAAGGAUAAAAUGGACUUCACUUUGAAUAUAUUGCCUGUAUGUUACUUCUGGUUUUUUGAGUUUUUAAUGUCUUGAUAAAGUGCAAACAUUUAUCAAAACAUGAUUUUUUAAAAAGUGUACACUUACCUGCCUCAGAGUUUUCAUUUGAAUUUGUGAAGAUAUUUACAAAUUAUUCUUUGGUGCAUAAAUUAUUGUCCAGUUACCUUAGCCAGAUGUGUCUCUUACCAUUUUAUACCAAUACAAGUAGGCACUUUUGAUCUUUGAAUAUUCAGGGUAAUGGAGGGGAGUGUCUCAGUUGAUAAUGCAGAUCAAAUUAAUAUGCAUCAGGUGUGUUUUAUUUCUUAAAAAUUCAUAUUUCAUUAAUUGGCUUGUAGCAGUUGUAGGAUUGAAGGAUGUAACAUUCCUACUGCACUAUGAAUGGAGCAAUGUGAUUUCCUUCCACCGUAUUAGGUUCUAGAGGACAUGCAUUUUAAGGUGAGAGGGGGAAGGUUUACAGAGCAAUGUGGGACAACAGAGAGUGGUUGAUGCCUGGAAUGGGCUGCCAAGCCAGGGUUAGUGGUAGAAGGAAAUAUAACACUGGUAUUCUGUGUAGACACAUGAAUACAGUGGUAUGCAAAAGUUUGGGCACCCCUGGUAAAAAUUUCAUAGUUAAGUGAGUAGAAGAUGAACUGAUAUCCAAAAGUCAUAAAGUUAAAGAUGAAACAUUCUCUUCAACAUUUUAAACAAGAUUAGUGUAUUAUUUUUGUUUUGUACAAUUUUAGAGUGAGAUAAAGGCAAGGAGCACCAUGCAAAAGUUUGGGCACCCCAAGAUAUUUGAGCUCUCAGAUAACUUUUCCCAAGUUGUCAGAUCUUAAUUAUCUUGUUAGGGCUAUGGCUUGUUCACAGUCAUCAUUAUGAAAGGCCAGGUGAUGCACAAAUUUCAAAGCUUUAUAAAUACCCUGAUACCUCAAACCUUGUCCCAACAAUCAGCAGCCAUGGGCUUCUCUAAGCAGCUGCCUAGCACUCUGAAAAUUAAAAUAAAUGAUGCCCACAAAGCAGGAGAAGGCUAUAAGAAGAUAGCAAAGUGUCUUCAGGUAGCCAUUUCCUCAGUUUGUAAAGUAAUUAAGAAAUGGCAGUUAACAGGAAUGGUUGAGGUCUGGAAGACCAAGAAAACUUUCCGAGAAAACUUUGUAGGAUUUUUAGAAAGGCAAAUCAAAACCCCCGUUUGACUACAAAAGACCUUCAGGAAGAUUUAGCACACUCUGUGGAGUGGUGGUGCACUGUUCUAUUGUGCAGUGACACCUGCACAAAUAAGACCUUCACGGAAGGGUAAUCAGAAGAAAACCUUUCCUGCGUCUUCACCACAAAAUUCAGUGUCAGAAGUUUGCAAAGGAACAUCUAAACAAGCCUGAUGCAUUUUAGAAACAAGUUCUGUGGACUGAUGAAGUUAAAAUAGAACUUCAUGGCCGCAAUGAGCAAAGGUAUGUUUGGAGAAAAAAGGGUGCAGAAUUUCAUGAAAAGAACACCUCUCCAACUGUUUAGCACAGGGGUGAAUGGAUCAUGCUUUGGGCUUGAGUUGCAGCCACUGGCAUGGGGAAUGUUUCACUGGUAGAGGGAAGAAUGAAUUCAAUUAAAUACCAACAAAUUCUGGAAGCAAACAUCACACUGUCUGUAAAAAAGCUGAAGAUGUAAAGAGGAUGGCUUCUACAAUGGGAUAAUGAUCCUAAGCACACCUCAAAAUUCACAAUGGACUACCUCAAGAGGCGCAAGCUGAAGGUUUUGCCAUGACCUCACUGCCCUCAACCUAAUGUCAUUGAAGAUCUGUGGAUAGACCUCAAAAGAGCAGUGCAUGCAAGACGGCCCAAGAAUCUCAGAACUAGAAGCUAUUUGCAAGGAAGAAUUGGCAAAAAUCCCCCAAACAUGGAUGGAAAGACUCUUAGCUGGCUACAGAAAGCAUUUACAAGCUGUGAUACUUGCCAAAGGGGGAGUUACUAAGUACUGACCAUGCAGGGUGCCCAAACUUUUUCUUUGGGCCCUUUUCCUUUUUUGUUAUUUUGAAACUGUAAAAGAUGGCAAUAAAGUAAUCGUACUUAAAAUAUUAAAGAAGUGUGUCAUCUUUAACUUUAUAUCUUUUGGAAAUCAGGUCAUCUUUUACUCACUUAGCUAUUCACAGUAACAGAAAUUUUGACAAGGGUCCCCAGACUUUUGCAUGCCACUACGCAGAAAUGUGAGGCUAUGGAAUCAGAUCUUCCUCCUUCAAUUCCAUUCAAUGUGCUGGUCCUAAGUAUUUUAAAUUAUAUUUUCAUCUCCACCUGUUUACUGCAGUUGAAGUUUCUUCUGCAGCUGAGUUCUUAUCAUUGCUUAUGUGUGAUAAAGUUUUUCUUCAUGGGUGACUCGUGUGAUUGCACUCCUUACUUUGGCCAUUUCAUAGAUUGCAUUCAGCACUGUCAGCUUCUAAAUAAAUUCUAAAUACUUUCCCUCACUAACAUGCUUUUCUUAGAGAAUCCAUAAUUAGCAGUAAUGAGGAUGAGCAGCGGCAGUAUUCAAUUAGAGAACCAUUUCUGUUUGAGAAUGAAAUAGCCCACCCACACUGUUUUCUGGCUGAAGUGAUCCCUAGGCAUAUUAAAAUUUUUCUCAAAUGAAGGUUUUUUACCAUGCUGCUUUGUUGAAUCUCACAAAAUUUGAACUUUCAAGUUGAUUAUCUUUGCCUUUUAACAUUUUGAGGCCCAAAACUUGUUCAGUCCUAAUUCCCAAGAUCUUAAUCUUUCAGCCCUUCCUUGAAUCAUUCCAGUGUUGCUGUGUCAAAAUCCUCAUGAGACCACCUUUGUAGAUACUUUUUAGACAAACCACUCAAAGUCAAGCAAAUCAAGUAAGAUCAGUGUAUAAAAUUCAGAGCCAUCUAUUCACUCAUACCAUACCUUCACUGAGAGUUGUUUUAUAGUUAUGCCUUUCUUCCAGAUUCUGAAAGCAUUCAAAAUUCUUUUGUCCCACUUGUCCCAGUUUUAGGGAUAUUUACAAAUGUAUGUGUGGUUCAAUAUGACAAGGAUGCAGUACUCUACCAACUGUCCAGAUUAUUUAUAAAUGACAAAACACAGUUUUAACUGUUCGAUCAAAUUCUUGCUGUUGUCCAGUGCAUUCUCCAGAGGCAGAAUCAUACCCAUAGCAGGAUAAAUGUGAGUCAACUGUUUGAAAAGUCAAGAAUAAUAAAGGUCAAUAAAAGCUCCACCCAUUAGUCAUGCUUCCAUUAGUACAUCCAGCUAAACUUUGAAUAUGCCUCAAAUGCCUUAGCACUCUGCUGUCUGGGGGAUGUUUUAGAUAUUUAUCAUAAGUGUAUUAGUAAAUAAACUUCCAGUCAAUAAAAAUUUAAAUCAAUUAACUAUUUUGUAUGAAUGAAAAUGAUUAUAAAAUGUGCUGUUCAUUUUACUUACACUGGGUUCCAUUUUUACAGAAGCAGUGAUAAGAAUGCCUUAGUGAAACAACAAGUAAUUGGAUGUCAUAUUGUCAUAUCUGGUCAAUAUUUCUAAAUAAUUAGAUUUUCAGUCUUACGGAUUUUUGUGUUGUAAAUAGAGGCCAUUUACAGCCUGUCUCAUGCAAUCAAUAAAGCUUAGUUUGGCAUGUAAGCUAAAAGAAAGAAAAUUAAAGUGAGAAUUUGAAACAUUUUGUAAUUUUUUAAAUAUGCAACCACUGUACUACAAAUUCAGAUUUUUAAAUUGCAUGCAUAUUCUUUCCAAUGAAUAACGUGUGUGAAUUUGACCCUUCUGUGGUAUUCUAAGACAGCAAAUAAUCAGUUCACUCACAAAUGAAUUGUUGCAAGAAGGAACACUUAGCAUAAUACUUUAUCACUGCCAAGGGUUUUCCAAUAUGAUAGUAAUCAUGACAUCGAUUUGUAACAUUGGCACAAUAAAUUACAAAACCUGUGGAAUUUCUACAAUCUUUCAGAAACGAAAAGAUCUUGCAGCUUUGUUUUUUAGUCAUCUAUUUAGUUUUCUUAUUUUACAGUAUGUAUCUGCUUCCUGUGUUUCUUUGGUACAUAAAAAUUGUAUUCAAUUUAAUGAUCUACUAAAGCAAUUGCAUGUAAUUAGGCUUGUGAAAGAUUGCCUUUGUAGUGAUAUAAUCAACUGAAUAACAAGUUAAAACGCUUCGCAAUAAAGCAUUUUUACUAUACAAUGUA